CAUGUUGAAGACAAAUCACAAUUGCAAAUAAAUACCUUUCAAAAAUGGGAUAUUUUUCAAAUUUAUUAAUUUCCACAAUUUUACUUUCUUGUACAAUAUGGUCCAUCUCCAUUCUUCAAAUCUCAGCCGUUCGAUUUCCGAUCAACGUUUGGCCCAAGCCCACCACGUUCCACUGGCCCCACCCACAGGCGAUCCCUCUCUCUCCCAAAUUCAUCAUCUCCGCCCCCCGCCACCACCGCCACCUCUCCGCAGCCGUCCACCGCUACCUCCGCCAGAUCCUCACCGAGCACCACCGUCCCCUCGUCAGCCCACCACUCAACCUCACCUCAUCGCCGCCGCUCAAAACCCUCAAAAUCACAGUCGCCGACACCGCCGCCGCGCUCGCGCACGGCGUCAACGAGUCGUACACGCUCGAAAUCCCGUCCACCGGCGCCGCCGCCGUGCUGACCGCCGAAACCCCAUGGGGCGCGAUGCGCGGACUGGAGACGUUCUCGCAGCUGGUGUACUCGAAGCCGUCGGUGGUGGCCUGCGGGCUGCGCAUUUCCGACGCGCCGCUGUUCGCCCACCGCGGAGUGUUGCUGGACACGUCGAGAAACUACUUCGAAUUGGACGAUUUGCUGCGGCUGAUUAGGGCGAUCGGCAUGAACAAACUGAACGUCUUCCACUGGCACAUUACGGACUCGCACUCGUUCCCUCUGGUUACGCCGUCGGAGCCGGAGCUGGCGGCGAAGGGCGCGUACGGCGAGGCGAUGAAGUACACGGCGGCGGAUGUGAAGAAGGUGGUGCAAUAUGGGAUGGAGCACGGUGUUAGAGUUGUGCCGGAGAUUGAUAUGCCUGCUCACACAGGAUCAUGGGCAGAAGCCUAUCCAGAAAUCGUAACCUGCGCAAACGAAUUCUGGUGGCCAAUCGAAUCCGAAUGGUCCGAUCGAUUAGCAGCCGAACCAGGAACCGGUCAACUAAACCCCCUAAACCCCAAAACCUACCAAGUCGUCAAAAACGUAAUAAAAGACGUCGUUUCUGUCUUCCCCGACAAGUUCUUCCAUGCGGGCGCCGACGAAAUCACUCCAAACUGCUGGAAAACCGACCCUUCGAUCCAAGAAUUCCUCUCCAAAAAGGGUACCCUAAGCCAAGUUCUCGAAAUUUUCGUCAACUCCACUUUACCCUACAUUCUGUCGCUAAAUCGGACGGUAGUUUACUGGGAGGACGUUUUACUGGACGAAAACGUGAGAGUGGACCCCACUUUUCUCCCCCGCGAAAACGUCAUCCUACAAACGUGGAAUAACGGGCCGAACAAUACUAAAAAAAUCGUUUCCUUAGGUUACCGCGCGAUUGUUUCUUCGUCGGAUUAUUACUACUUGGAUUGUGGGCAUGGUGGGUUUUUGGGCAACGAUAGUCAGUACAAUCAGCUGCCCGGAUUCGAGCAGGGCAAGGGCGGGUCGUGGUGUGCGCCCUUCAAGACAUGGCAGACGAUAUAUAACUACGAUAUCACGUCCGGAUUGAGCGGUGUCGAGGCGGAGCUGGUGGUGGGCGGUGAGGUGGCGCUGUGGUCGGAGCAGGCGGAUUCGACCGUGAUGGAUUCUAGGGUUUGGCCGAGGGGUUCGGCCAUGGCGGAAGCGUUGUGGUCCGGGAAUAGAGACGAGUUUGGGAAGAAGAGAUUCGCGGAGGCGACCGAUAGGUUGAGUGAGUGGAGGUAUAGGAUGGUUUGCAGGGGAAUUGGAGCUGAGCCUAUUCAGCCACUUUGGUGUGUUAAGAAUCCAGGCAUGUGUAACACUGUUCAUCCUUUUUAGUUCUUUCUUUUCUUGUAAUCAAGAAAAUUUCUCUCUCUAGAUUUUUUUGUUUGGGAUGGUGAAGAAUCAUAGAAUGAUCAUUAGGGUGUGUUUGUGCAAUUUUUUAUCAAGAUGUGAUAGUAUAAUUUUAUCAAGGAAAAGAUAUUGUACUAAUUAAAUCUAAAUAUGGGUAAAUUACAACCACACCCUUGAGGUAUGGUAAAA